AUGCCCGCAUUCUCACGCGCAUUUCAGCUCAGCAAAGGCCUCAAGAUCCCCGCCGUCGGACUCGGGACGUGGAAGAGCGAGCCUGGACAGGUCAGAGAGGCUGUGAAGGUUGCGAUCGGAGCGGGAUACAGGCACAUCGACUGUGCGGCCAUCUACGGGAACUGCGCCCAGCCUGAACUCGUCAAGUGGUCGCAAGGAAACGACGUUCUCCUCGAGUCCUACUCGCCCCUCGGCUCGACCGGCGCCCCUCAGAUGGACGACAAGGUCGUCAAGGAGAUCGCCUCGGCGCACGGUGCGACCCCAGCGCAGGUCUUGAUUUCGUGGCAGGCCGCGCGAGGAAUCGUCGUGUUGCCCAAGUCGGUCACGCCCGAGCGGAUCAAGAGCAACUUUGAGGAGGUUGAGCUGACGACGGACGAGAUCACCCGCCUCGAGAAGCGUGCGCUCGAGUUCGGCACGAAGCGGACGGUCGACCCGUCCGAGGGAUGGGGCGUGCCCGACCUUUGGGAGGACGUGCCGGACGCAAAGCUCUAG